AUGACACCCCCCGACUGCUCUUGCUCGUCCGCGUUAUCAGGGAUUAUUUUCCUCUGCGGCGCCGUCGUCUUAACCUUCCUCUUCUUCGUCGUCCUCGCGCUGCUGGAGCACUGCUGCUGCUGCUGCUGCCCAGAUUCCACCAUCCAGGUGCCCACCGUCCUCGUCAUUGACGGUGUUCCCGAGGGCUCGCCAGCGCGCGCGAGGGAAGGGGAAGCGGGACGCGGGGUAGGGGGAACAAGGGGGAAAGGGUUGCGGGUGGAAGAGAUCGCUCAGCACAGCGAUUUGAUUCGUUACAGUGAGGUGAAGGAGGAGCGGAGAUUAGAAGAGAGGGGGUUGCUAGUGGUUGAGAUAGGCGAGACGGCGGAGGGAGAGCAGGCGGGGGGGAGUGAGAAUUUGCGUGCAGGGAGGAAGGGCGGUGCUAAGGCAGCGUGUGAGGGGGAGGAGCAGCGAGGGGCGGAUAGAGAAGCGGACACAGCAAGAGCAGCAGCGGUGGUGAAAACACAGGGUAGUCACAGCGCUGACUGGCGACGAGACGAGAGUGGUCCGUGUGAGCGUCUUGUGAAGGCGCAGCACGGGAGGCAUGGUGAGAAGGCGUGUGCAGCGCGGGAGGAAGAAGCAGAAGAGACAGAAGCAGGAGGAGGAGGAGGAGGAGGAGGAGGAGGAGGAGGAGGAGGAGGAGGAGGAGGAGGAGGACGGGGCGGAGUGCGGAGCGGAAGAGCACAGGGGGGAGAAGAAGGAGAGGGAGGCGUGGAGGGGUUGUCAGGUGCAUUGGCGGUGGAUUGCUUGGUGUGCUUGACGGAGUUCAGAGAGGAGGAGCAAGUGAGACGACUGCACUGCUGCACCCACAUGUUCCACAAGGAGUGCAUAGACGGAUGGCUGCAAGCCCACACCUUGUGCCCUUUGUGUCGGGCAUCAGUAGUGCCAUCAAAACAACAUCACCAGUGCAUAGUGCAACAAGUGUAG